AUGGCUCUCCCCCGGCUGAGGACUCCUUCCCGGUGUCCUCUCUCCUCCCAGCUCCCCGAGCCCCUCCGCGCUCCCGGGCACACUCCGCCUCUUCCCGCCCUCCGCGCCGCCUCCCUGGGCUCCGCUUCUCCCCGGGCUGCGAGGCCCCUGGGGGCCGCCCCCACUUCCCGCCUCUCCUUCCUGCUGUGUCCCCGCAGCCCUCGCCCCUGCAGGCCGUCACCUCUGCACACACAGCGCCGGUGUGGACUCCCCGGGUCCGGCCGAGCCCGUAAAUCCUCCCGCAGAAGCGCACACCCGGCCGUGCCCGCCCUGCGCCCCAAGGGCCUUCCGUGGCCUUCGGGAGGGAGCAGGGGCCUCACCAGGACCUGAGCCAGGACAUGACAUUGGGGCAAAGUCUGAGCAUAAACUGCAGCGUGUCAGAAAGGCCCCGAAGGGGACAGGGCCAGAGGCCAGGCCAGUGCCGGCGCCCCCGACCCGUGGGGAGCAGACCCCGGUGGCUGCUAAGGGUUACUCUGCACGUUUAGGCUGCAGGUAACUGGGACUUUUAUUCCAUGGGGCGGAUGUGGAAGCCUCACCCUGUCCUUGUUUUCGUUCAAAUGUAGGGAACUGAUCUUCAAUUUGCAGAAUGUUGGCUUAGUAAAUUAUUAGUCAUAUUCUUUUGUGUGCUUGGAUUUUUAAAAAGGUCUUAUAACAUUCUAACACCUAAAUAAUUUGCACACUUCUGAACCCUAAACCAGAACUUCUUCAGAAAUUCCAUCAAGAAAUUAACAGGAACUUAGUAAGGCACCAGAUUGGAAAUUGAGAUUAAACAUCUCCAGAUACAACCUGACAUCUGUUCCAUUGCAUCAGCACCUGUGCAGCCACUAUUUUAGGUGUCAUAACGAUUCACUCACCAUUCAAUUCCCAGCAGGUGCUCUGUUGGAUGAAGGAGAAGAAUAUUGGCACUGUUGCCUAUUUUUAUUCUCUCUAGUUUGACCAAGUAAAAUCAAGUACAGAUCUUCUAGUUUCACUUUAUAUAUUCUUCUCAUUUGAAGUAUAAAUAUUAUAUUAUCUCAUCAAUAUCAAUGAUGUGUCAUAAAACAGGUUUGUAUAUUGUCCUUUGCCGUGUGGCUCUGUUCAGCUUUAAAGGUUGUGCUCUUCUUAAUAGGCUUUCUUAAAUAAUUGCAGUAGAUUCUUAAGAGGCAGGGAGGAAAGGGUUGCAAGAGUGGUGAGAUGGUGUCACGGCCAGCUGAGAAUUUCUGGUUGGGGACACGGCACCAGUGACCCCUUAGAGCUCAGUUUCCACCUGAGAGACCAUUGUUCAGAGGAUGUGGGAGGUGAGGAAAGGAACCCAGUGUCCUCACACUUGUUUGGGCAAUUGGAUGAAACACAAGAGAGUGGACGAGGACAUGGCCCUGAGAGGGUAGCGGGGUCAGGGGAGUUUAUUGCAGAGGGAACAGUGGUGUUGCCCUGUGUGCAGACUGAAGUGCGUGCCCCGUGGGUGGAAGACAAGGGAGAGAGUUAUUCUGCAAUGAUUAACUUAAGGAGGGCAUUCUGUCUUCCAAUCACACUCCAUUUGCUCAACGGUUUGGUGAUAAGAUUGACUGAAGAAAUGAGGUAGAGGGCACAGCUGGGUGCAGAGUCAGCUGUGUUGGGAUCCUGUGGACAUGGCGACGGGCCUCCAGUUUUCCCUGUGGGUUCUCCUGGGGCUGCUGCUUUCCCUGGGCAUCAGGCCUGGGGCCGAGGGCGGGAAGGUGCUGGUGGUGCCCAUGGAAGGCAGCCACUGGCUCAGCAUGCGGAAGGUCGUGCAGGAGCUCAGCGCCAGAGGCUACCAGGCUGUUGUCCUUGCACCAGAAUUGAGCUUGCACGUGAAAGAAGCUGACUUUUUCACCCUGAAAACCUUUGCCAUUUCCUACACCCAAGAAGAAUAUGAUCAGCUCGUAUUGGGCCAGAGUUACAAGGGUUUUGAAAAAAUGCAUUUUCUGAAGAUAUUUUUUGAAAGUAUAGCGAUGCUGAAAAAUGUGGCUAUGUUGUUUGAAAAGUCUUGUGCAGAGCUGCUGCAUAACAAGGAGCUGAUCAGGUCCCUGAAUGCCAGCUCAUUUGAUGUGGUUCUAACGGACCCCAUUUACCCCUGUGGGUCCUUGCUGGCUGAGUACCUGUCCAUUCCUGCUGUGUAUUUUUUGCGUUUCAUUCCAUGUGACCUGGAUUUUGUGGGCACACAGUGUCCAAACCCUUCCUCGUAUAUUCCUAGGAUGUUAACCAGGAAUUCAGACCACAUGACUUUCCUGCAGCGGGUCAAGAACAUGCUCUACCCUCUGACCCUGAAAUACAUUUGCGAUUAUUCUUUGUCUCCCUACGCAAGCCUUGCCUCUGAGAUCCUGCAGAGAGAGAUGUCCCUAGCGGAUGUUCUCAGCUAUGCCUCCGUGUGGCUGUUCCGAGGAGACUUUGUGAUGGACUAUCCCAGGCCCAUCAUGCCCAACAUGGUCUUCAUUGGGGGCAUAAACUGUGCCCACAGGAAGCCUCUGUCUCAGGUCUGUAUGGGUGCUGUUACCCAAUCAGGGUUCCAGGUGGACACCAUGUUUUAAAAACUUUCCUUCAAGUGCUUACAUGCCUACCAAUCUUUCUAAAGAUUCCUACUUCUCAUUCUCCCUCUAACAAUCUUUGGGGAGUUAAGUAUUGAAGUGUCUCCAGUAGUGGUGUUAGGUUGGAAUGGUCACUGAGAGGAAGACAAGGCAGGGGUGAGGGUCCCGAAUAAGUCAGAGAAGCAAUGGUGUGGCUCAACCAAGAGCGUCCAUUGAUAGAGGCACUACCUUCAUGGUUGUGCCAUUUCUUCUGCUGUGUAGGAGCAGAGAAGCUGAUCCAUCUGGGGAUUUUUGCUUGCUGGUGCUCAGUAGAAGGAUAAGGGAACUAGCAAAUUGUGUUUGU